CAGCCAAUCAAAUUGUUUGUAUAAAAGCGUGAGCCAGUCACAGCCUGCUCUUUGAACUUGUUUAUUUAUCUCCUCGUAAGUGAGCCGUCUCUCAGAACGUGUGAUUCUACUUCACGUCCUUGUUUGAUCUCGUUCUCUGAAAAAAAAAUAAGAUGGCACAUGCUGAUGGAAGAAAGACGUGUGUGCUUGCAUACAGCGGCGGCCUUGACACGUCUUGUAUUCUAGUAUGGCUUCAAGAACAGGGCUACGAUGUCAUUGCUUAUUUGGCGGACAUUGGACAGACAGAGGAUUUUGAAGCAGCAAGGGAGAAGGCGAAAAAACUCGGAGCAAAAAAGGUCUAUAUCGAAGAUUUGAAAGAGGAGUUCGUUACCGACUUUAUCUUUCCCAGUCUCCAAGCGAAUGCCAUCUAUGAGGACAGAUAUCUAUUGGGGACGGCAAUUGCACGCCCCUGCAUCGCCAAACGCCAGAUCGAGAUUGCACUGAAGGAGGGUGCACAGUUUGUUACCCAUGGUGCAACAGGAAAGGGUAAUGAUCAAGUCCGAUUCGAGUUGACGUACUACGCCUUAUUCCCUGGAGUCAGGACUAUUUCUCCGUGGCGAAUGCCUGAAUUCUUUGAGAAGUUCAAAGGCAGGAAGGAGCUGUUUGAAUACGCCAAGGCACAUGACAUCCCUCUACCCGUAACACCUAAGAACCCCUGGAGUAUGGAUGCAAACCUCAUGCAUAUCAGUUACGAGGCUGGAAUUCUAGAGAAUCCGAAGACCCAGGCUCCCGAGGAUAUUUAUUUGAUGACAAAGAACCCAAUAACAUCUCCAGACAAGCCUGCCCUAUUAGACAUUGAAUUCAAAAACGGCAUCCCUGUUCGCGUCACUAAUAAAAAGGAUGGCACAGUCAAAGAUAGUCCGUUCGCCAUCUACCAGUACCUCAACACAAUUGGUGGAGAGCACGGAGUUGGACGUAUUGACAUCGUGGAGAAUCGUUUUGUGGGAAUGAAGUCCAGAGGUAUCUACGAGUGCCCCGCGGGAGAAAUCCUCCGCGCUGCGCACCUUGAUAUCGAGACCUUCACACUCGAUAGGGAGCUUCGUAAGAUAAAGCAGAGCUUAUCCUCCAAGUUCUCUGAGCUAGUGUACAACGGAUUUUGGUAUAGCCCAGAGGGCGACUUCGUCCGCUUCUGCAUUAACAAAAGUCAAGAGAAUGUAGAGGGUGUGGUCACACUUGCUGUCAGCAAGGGUCAUGUGAGUACAAUUUUUUAUACAUUACAAAGUCAAGAGAAUGUAGAGGGUGUGGUCACACUUGCUGUCAGCAAGGGUCAUGUGUACAUCAAGGCGCGUGAGUCAAACGCUUCUCUGUACUGUGAGAAACUAGUCAGUAUGGACGAGAAAGGCGAUUAUGAUCCUGGAGAUGCCGCAGGUUUCAUCAAAAUCAACGCGCUCAGGUUGCGUGAGCAUACGCGUCUCAGAAAAGCCAUAGAGAAGAGUUCUUGAAGGAGUGCACCGGAUCAUUUGAAAAAAAAGUUGUUAUGUUGUUGAAUAAACUAAGCCAUGUCUUUAAGAAGGGAGAGAGAUUGACACGAGUGACACGAGUGACACGUUUUCUUGCCUGAUUUCAUCGUAAGAAAGUGGAAGCACCGUUCUUUGCUGUUUAUUGUUGUUAGAUAAAAUAACUCUGGGGGGGGGGGGGGGGGGGAGGGGGAGUGCUGAUCUUAUAUCAAGAAAACCGCUGCAAGCACCGUGUUCCUGUUGCUAAAUAAACAAAUAUUGACUAA